CCUCGGCUCUUGCGGCGGGAGCAGGGCCGGGGCGGCGGCGGCAAUGAAGAAGCUCCGCCGAGGGAGUGCAAAGCGGGCGGCGGCCGGGCUGGUCUUGGCCGCCCUGGUGCUGUGCCCGUCGGCGGAGGCGGUGGAGCCCCUCAGCUUGAGCCUGGCCCUGGCCGGCGCCGCCGCCUCGGCCCUCACCGGCCUCAUCUCCUACCCGAGGCUCUACUGCCUCUUCGCCGAGUGCUGCCUCGAGAGGCCCGGGGCCCGCGUCGGGGCAGUGCUUCAGGAGGACUUGGACAAGAAGCUCUUUGGGCAGCACCUGGCGACAAAAGUGAUCGUGAAAGCAGUCACCGGGUUUCUGAACAACUCCAACCCCAAGAAGCCCCUGACCCUUUCCUUGCAUGGCUGGACCGGCACCGGGAAGAACUUUGUCAGCAAGAUCAUCACCGAAAGCAUAUACAAAGACGGCCUCAACAGCAAAUAUGUCCAUCAGUUUGUGUCCACUUUGCAUUUCCCUCAUCUGCAGAACAUCACCCAGUACAAGGACCAGUUGCAAACGUGGAUCCGUGGCAACGUAAGUGCCUGCGGCAGGUCCAUUUUCAUAUUUGAUGAGAUGGAUAAAAUGCAUGCUGGACUCAUCGACUCCAUCAAACCUUUCCUUGACUACUACGACGAACUGGAUGGGGUGUCUUACCGGAAAGCCAUCUUCAUCUUCCUCAGCAAUGCAGGAGCUGAAAAAAUAACCGAAGUGGCCCUGGACUUUUGGAGGAAAGGGAAGCGAAGGGAAGACUUGCAGCUCCGAGACGUGGAAGCAACAGUGUCUGUCUCCGUUUUCAAUAAUAAAAACAGUGGCUUUUGGCACAGCAGCCUCAUCGACCGAAACCUCAUUGACUAUUUUGUCCCCUUCCUGCCCUUGGAGUACAAGCAUGUGAAGAUGUGCAUCAGGGUUGAACUUGAAUCCCGCGGCUACGUGGUGGACGAACAAAUUGUGACCCGGGUGGCGGAUGAGAUGACCUAUUUCCCAAAGGAGGAGAAGAUCUAUUCCGACAAAGGGUGCAAGACUGUCUACACCAAGCUCGAUUUCUACUAUGACUUGUAACAUUUUUGUAAUCUAGUUUUCAAAGAAAAUGAAGUCAAAUCACAGAACUUGGAGAAACUGAAUCAUUUUAAAUAUUUUUUUUAAAAUGUAUUUUAAAUGAUGUAAAUAGGAAGCACCUCAUGGGAUGAUACGAGGAAAACGUGGGCCAAAUUGCAGGAUUACAUUGAAAAAAAUACUGCAUCUCUGAACGGUACUUAUACUGUGAAACCAUUUCAAUGACUUUUGUGUUUUCCCGGGACAUGUAGGACUGAUCUGUGACUGAACCAAGUUCUCCUGGUUAGAUAAUCUGUCUGAUGCGGAAGUACCUCUAAUUCUUUGCGAGUCUCCAUGAAAAUUGAAGGGAUGUUCUUCAACUUGCCUAGCUAGGGUUGUGUAACUUUCUUAGAAUGAGCUUGACCAUUUCUUUUAAUAAUGGCAAAGGCAGCAGGGAUAAUAGGAGGGCGGUUUUUGAACUAUGUGCUGGGGCGAUCAAGCUGUUCCUUGAACACUGUUGUGAGGUUUUGUUCAGGAGACUAAUGCUAGGGGCAGAUAUUCCACAGAUAAACUAUGGUGGGCAUGCUAGGUUCCCCUCAUUCCUGCCUUGCAACAUUAAGCAUCAGGAGAAUAUUGAGUGUAUUUUAGGAUGUACACUCAGUUCAUGUGGAGUAAACAUGAAGCCACUGAUCCAUUUUAUUUGAGACUAACCUUCUGGAAUCCUUAGUGGUUCAAAGCAGGCGAUGUACAAGGUAUCCCACAGCAGAAGAUUCACUGAAGGUGUUUUUUUAAAAUGCAAUUUAAAUAUGAUAGGCAACCUCUGUCAUUGCAUGAGGUCUGCUGUGGCUUCUUGUCCGUUCUGCAAGCCACUUCUGCUCUUGUUUCUGAUUGCUGUUUGGGGAUAAGAGGGUAUUAAAAUGCCCAGCAACCUGUUGUGUGGAACUGUGCUCUCAUCUGUAGCUCAGUUUUAAAACCAUGUAAGGCUGAGUGAAACAGCAAGAUGUUAGUUUUGUAAUGCUAUUAGGAGGGAGACUUUGGUUUCGGGGGGUGUUUUCCUGUGCAGUAGUGAAGAAAAGCAGCUGAUGGCUUUGGAUAAAAAUUCUAAGUGCCUGUGAGAGACCUUCUCCCACUGCUAACCAUGAACUUUUUAUGUGGGGUUUAUGGCCUAGGGGAGGGUCUUACCAUGGGGGGAACCCCCACAAAUUCCCCCCUUUUACAAAAGAGAGGUUUUCCUAGAUUUUAAGUAACACCACCUUUCCAUCUCUUGACACCAUCACCUCCCAAUACAAACCCUCUCUGUGCCUGUUUGCUUUUGAUGUAGGCUUCAUGAAAAGCCAAAUGUAAAUACCUUAAACUACUCCGUUCUGGCAAGGGAGAACUGCAUGUCAUGAAGAAAAGUACCACUGUUGAAAAUGGCAGCCCCAGGUUACGUUUCCUGAUGUCAGUAGCUGUACGCUUCUAUCCCCCUGUUCUUUGUCACUGGCAAGAGCUGCUGCUGGUCACAAGGAAAUGCAUACUCAAUGCAAGCUCAAAUUGCACAUUGCCUCAGAAUGGGGAAGUUUUAACAGUGGUUUGGCACUUUUGUGUCUUGACGGAGCAAGCCAGAUCUCCCCCAUCCCAACCAUCUUGCUUCCCCAUGAAAUGUGAGCAGAAAAUGAAAGCAGAUGUAUACCUCUGCGUUGUAGGUUUCCUGUCUAGAAGCUCAAACUACUGUCUGGGUUGUAAAUUAGUUCUUAAAACAAGGCUUGGCAUGAUGUCUGGAUGAAGUGACUUGUGCAUCAUUUCCCACACAUUUUAAUGGGGCCUUUGUUGCAUCCAUAAACGGCACGGUUGGGCAAUUUCUAGUGGUCUCAGGACUAUGCUUUGGCUCUGAAGGCUACACCAACCUUCACAAUCCAUUUAAAAAAUUAAAAACACUCCAGCACUGCAUUGUUUGUUGCAUUUUUGGAAUACUCUGCACACUGUUUUAGAUGCAUAGUCUACUCUAGGGGGUCUCAAUGGAGACAAACCAUUUUUUUGGCUGGAUAUUUUUGUUCUGGUACAGGAAAAUAUUAAGCGCUGAAGCUUCUGCUGAAUUAGACACUGCAGAACUCAACAGGAGAACAAACCUUUACAACAGGGAAAGCUACUAGACUCAGGAGCAUCAGCUUGAUGGUCUGUCAAAGCCAAAUUUUCUUACUCUGAUUUUCUAAAAUGUAUUUAAAUGUGCAAAUAAACCCUUGUGGAAGGUU